AGCCCGCUGCCCGGGAACGGGGCGCUGGGCUCUGGGCCGGGAGCGCCCGGGCGGCGAGGGCGGCGGGGGGGGCCGAGCCGGCGGCUGAUGGAUGAGGGCGGGCGGGCAGCCCGGCGGGUGGAUGGAUUGUGCGGCAGCCCUCUGCCCGGCAUCGCUGCCCGCUGAGCCCCGGAGAUGCUGCGGCUGUCCGCCGCCGCCUGCUUGUCCUGGGCCGCGCUGCUCUGUGCCCUGGCGCCGGCGGGCGGCGGCGAGCUGCGGCCGCCCCGCGCCGCCCCGCUCCUCCACCUGCCCCCGGGGGCCGCGGGGCGCCGCGCUGCCGCCAAUGAGCCGCCGGCUGUGCCGCCCGCGGGGCGCCUGAGGGCGGUGGGAGCCGCGCUUCGCCGCGCUGCGCCCGCCGGGCCCCGCGGUCCCGGUCCCUGCCAGCGGCGCGCCCGGCAGCGGGCGGCCCCCGAGCCCCGCGGAGCCGCCGCCGGCUGCGCCCCGCCGCCGGGGGAAGAGCGCGGCGGGCGGCGCGGAGCGCGGCGGGCGCGGAGCCUCAACAGCCCACCGCAGUUCCAGCUGCCCAGCUACCAGGUCUCCAUCCCCGAGAACGAGCCGGCCGGCACGGCGGUCAUCGUGCUGCGCGCCCAGGACCCCGACGAGGGGGAGGCCGGCCGGCUGGCGUACUCCAUGGAGGCGCUCUUUGACGAGCGCUCCAACGACUACUUCUCCAUCGAUGCUGAGACGGGCAGCGUGGUCACCGCUCGCAGCCUUGACCGGGAGACGAAGGACACCCACGUGCUAAAGGUGACAGCCUCCGACCACGGCUCCCCACGCCGCCGCUCGGCCACCACCUACCUGACAGUGACCGUGAGUGACACCAACGACCACGAGCCGGUGUUUGAGCAGCCCGAGUACCGGGAGAGCAUCCGGGAGAACCUAGAGGUGGGUUAUGAGGUGCUGACCAUUCGCGCCACUGACGGCGAUGCCCCAGCCAAUGCCAACAUGCUUUACCGCCUGCUGGAGCCAGGAGCUGGUGAUGGGGUUUUUGAGAUCGACCCGCGUUCCGGGGUUGUGAGGACCCGAGCCCCAGUGGACCGCGAGGAGGUCUCUGAGUAUCACCUGGUGGUGGAAGCCAAUGACCAGGGCAAGGAUCCGGGCCCACGGAGUGCUACGGCUAUGGUGCACAUCACUGUAGAAGACGAGAAUGACAACUACCCUCAGUUCAGUGAGAAACGCUACCUGGUCCAGGUGCCAGAGGAUGCCCCAGUGAACAGCCAGAUAAUGCAAGUGCAGGCCACAGAUCGGGACCGGGGCAGCAAUGCCCAGGUGCACUACAGCAUUGUGAGUGGCAACCUGAAAGGCCAGUUCUAUAUCCACUCUUUCUCUGGCGCCAUCGACCUGAUCAACCCUCUGGAUUAUGAGACUAUUCGGGAGUACACGCUCCGGAUCAAAGCCCAGGAUGGGGGCAGACCACCCUUGAUCAACUCCAGUGGCAUGGUGUCGGUGCAGGUCGUGGACGUGAAUGAUAAUGCCCCCAUCUUUGUGAGCACUCCCUUCCAGGCCACGGUGCUGGAGAAUGUUCCUCUGGGCUACUCGGUGCUGCACAUCCAGGCUGUGGAUGCUGACUCUGGGGAGAACGCCCGACUGGAGUACAAACUCAUAGAGAUGGCGCCUUCUGCUGGAGGUGCCCCUGUUGCUGGUGACUCUGGGUUCCCUUUUCAGAUCAACAACAGCACAGGGUGGAUUACGGUGGCUGCAGAGCUGGACCGAGAGACUGUGGAGAACUAUCACUUUGGAGUGGAGGCCAGGGACCAUGGCGUGCCAGUCAUGACCUCCUCAGCCAGCGUAUCCAUCACUGUCCUGGAUGUGAACGACAACAACCCCACCUUCACGGAGAAGGUGUAUCACCUCAGACUGAAUGAGGAUGCGGCUGUGGGCAGCAGUGUCCUCACCCUGACAGCAGUGGACAGGGACGUUAAUAGCAUUGUGACUUACCAGAUCACCAGUGGCAACACCAGGAACCGUUUUGCCAUCACCAGUCAGAGCGGAGGGGGGCUGAUCACACUGGCCUUGCCUCUGGACUACAAGCAGGAAAGGCAGUAUGUGCUCACAGUCACUGCCUCUGAUGGCACUCGCUUUGACACCGUCCAGGUCUUCAUCAACAUCACAGAUGCCAACACACAUCGCCCAGUCUUCCAAAGCUCUCACUACACAGUGAGUGUCAGUGAGGACAAGCCCAUCGGCACCUCUAUCGUCACUAUCAGUGCCACUGACGAAGACACAGGGGAGAACGCAAGAAUCACUUACAUUUUGGACGAUAAUAUCCCCCAGUUCCGCAUUGACCCAGACACAGGCACCAUCACCACCCUGAUGGAGCUGGACUAUGAGGACCAGGCCUCCUACACGUUGGCCAUUACAGCCCACGACAACGGCAUCCCUCAGAAAUCAGACACCACAUAUGUUGAGAUCCUCAUCCUGGAUGCCAAUGACAACGCGCCCCGCUUCCUGCGCGACCGCUACCAGGGCUCGGUGUUUGAGGAUGUGCCGCUGUCCACCAGCGUCCUGCAGCUGUCUGCCACCGACCGCGACUCAGGCCUCAAUGGCCGUCUCCUCUACACGUUCCAAGGUGGUGAUGAUGGAGAUGGAGACUUCUAUAUUGAACCCACAUCUGGAGUGAUACGCACAUUGCGCAAGCUGGACCGCGAGAACGUGGCUGUCUACAGCCUGCGGGCUUUUGCUGUGGACAGGGGAAGCCCACCGCUGAAAGCCUCUGUGGAUAUCCAAGUGACUGUGCUGGACAUCAACGACAACCCUCCUGUCUUUGAGAAGGAUGAAUUUGACAUUUUUGUGGAGGAGAACAGCCCUGUGGGCUCUAUCGUGGCUCGGAUCAGUGCAGCUGACCCUGACGAGGGAACCAAUGCACAGAUCAUGUACCAGAUCGUAGAAGGGAACAUCCCUGAGGUCUUCCAGCUAGACUUACUUAAUGGAGACCUCACGGCCUUGAUGGACCUGGAUUAUGAGAGCCGGACAGAGUAUGUGAUCGUGGUGCAGGCCACUUCUGCCCCUCUGGUGAGCCGGGCAACGGUGCACAUCCGCCUCCUGGAUCAGAACGAUAACCCGCCUGUGCUGCAGGACUUCCAGAUCCUCUUCAAUAACUACGUGACCAACAAGUCUAACAGCUUCCCGUCCGGCGUGAUUGGCAAGAUCCCAGCUCAUGAUCCCGAUGUGUCUGACAGCCUGGCCUACACUUUUGUGCAAGGCAAUGAAUUAAACUUGCUCCUUUUGGACUCUGCCACUGGGGAACUCAAACUCAGUCGUGAUCUGGACAACAACAGACCUCUGGAAGCCCUCAUGAAAGUGUCAGUCUCAGAUGGCAUCCACAGUGUCACAGCAAUCUGCACCCUGCGUGUCACCAUCAUCACAGAUGACAUGCUCACCAACAGUAUCACAGUGCGGCUGGAAAACAUGUCCCAGGAGAGGUUCCUUUCCCCUCUCCUGUCCCUGUUUGUGGAGGGGGUGGCGACAGUACUCUCCACCGCCAAGGAUGGCAUCUUCGUUUUUAACAUCCAAAAUGACACAGAUGUCAGCUCCAAUAUCCUGAAUGUGACCUUCUCAGCUUUGCUCCCUGGUGGCAUUCGAAACAAGUUCUUCCCCUCCGAGGACCUGCAGGAGCAGAUCUACCUUAACAGGACCCUGCUGACCAUGAUAUCCACCCAGAGGGUGCUGCCCUUCGAUGACAACAUCUGCUUGCGUGAGCCCUGUGAGAACUACAUGAAGUGCGUCUCUGUCCUGAAGUUCGACAGCUCGGCCCCGUUCAUCAGCUCCAACACCGUCCUGUUCCGCCCCAUCCACCCCAUCAACGGGCUGCGGUGCCGAUGCCCCCCGGGCUUCACAGGCGACUACUGUGAGACGGAGAUUGACCUCUGCUACUCCAACCCCUGCGGGAACAACGGGCUGUGCCGGAGCCGAGAAGGGGGCUACACUUGCGAAUGCUAUGAGGACUACACUGGAGAGUACUGCGAGGUGAACGCGCGCUCCGGCCGCUGCGCUCCAGGGGUGUGCAAGAACGGAGGAACCUGCGUGAACCUGCUGAUCGGCGGCUUCAAGUGUGAGUGUCCGCCGGGCGAAUACGAGCGGCCGUACUGCGAGAUGACCACCAGGAGCUUCCCCCCGCAGUCCUUCAUCACCUUCAAGGGGCUGCGGCAGCGAUUCCACUUCACCGUCUCCCUCAUGUUUGCGACCAGGGAGAGGAACGCUCUCCUCCUCUACAACGGGCGUUUUAACGAGAAGCACGACUUCAUUGCCUUGGAGAUCAUCGAGGAGCAGAUCCAGCUCACGUUCUCUGCAGGAGAGACAACCACUACGGUGGCACCGUUCGUUCCCGGAGGGGUCAGCGAUGGCCAGUGGCACUCGGUCCAGGUGCAGUACUACAAUAAGCCCAACAUUGGGCGGUUAGGAAUUCCUCAUGGGCCUUCAGGAGAGAAGGUGGCCGUGGUGACCGUGGACGACUGUGACACAGCAGUGGCCGUGCGCUUUGGGAGCCUCAUUGGAAACUACACCUGCGCUGCCCAGGGGACUCAGACUGGCUCGAAGAAAUCUUUGGACCUAACUGGCCCUCUCCUCCUUGGCGGUGUCCCAAACCUGCCUGAAGAUUUCCCAGUGCACAACAGACAGUUUAUUGGCUGCAUGAGGAACCUCUCUAUCGACAGCAAGCCCAUCGACAUGGCGAGUUUCAUCGCCAAUAACGGCACCCUGCCAGGCUGUGCAGCACAGAGAAACUAUUGUGAAACCAACUGGUGCCAGAACGGUGGCACAUGCAUCAACAAGUGGAACACGUACAUCUGCGAGUGCCCUGUACGCUACGGAGGGAAAAACUGCGAGCAAGCAAUGCCUUCUCCUCAGCGUUUCAGUGGUGAAAGCAUCAUCAUUUGGAGUGACCUUGACAUUACCAUCUCUGUGCCAUGGUACAUUGGGCUGAUGUUCAGAACCCGGAAAGUCAAUGGCAUGUUAAUGCAAGCCAAUGCUGGGUCUGCAUCCAAGAUCAAUAUUCAGAUACUGAACAGCUACGUGCAGUUUGAAGUGUACAGUGGGCUGAGCCAGGUUGCUAGUUUGAAGAUGAGCCAGUUGCGAGUCAGUGAUGGGGAAUGGCAUCAUCUAUUAAUAGAGCUGAAGAGUGCUAAAGAUGGUAAAGAUAUCAAGUACCUUGCUGUCAUGUCCUUGGACUAUGGGAUGUACCAGAGCACUGUGCAGAUUGGAAAUCAACUACCUGGACUGAAAAUGAAAAGCAUCAUUGUGGGAGGUGUCUCUGGAGAUCAAGUCUCUGUUCAGCAGGGAUUUUACGGCUGUAUGCAGGGAGUAAGAAUGGGAGAGACAUCGACAAAUAUAGCUACACUCAACAUGAAACAGGCUAUCAAGAUCAACGUGAAGGAGGGCUGCGAAGUGGAUAACCCCUGUGAUUCCAACCCAUGUCCCCAGAACAGCUACUGCAGUGAUGACUGGGACAGCUACUCCUGUGUCUGUGACCCAGGGUACUUUGGGAGAGACUGCGUUGAUGUAUGUAACUUGAACCCCUGUGAGCAUGUCUCCACGUGUGUGCACAAACCCAGCUCAUCCCAUGGCUACACCUGUGAAUGCGGACAAAGCUACUAUGGACAGUACUGUGAGAGCAAGAUUGACCUGCCUUGUCCCAGAGGCUGGUGGGGAAAUCCCAUCUGUGGCCCAUGUAAUUGUGAGACUAGUAAAGGGUUUGAUUCUGAUUGCAAUAAGACCAACGGAGAAUGCCGCUGCAAGGCAAAUUACUACAGGCCCCAGAGCAGUGACACUUGCUACCCCUGUGACUGCUUCCCAUCCGGCUCCCACACACGUGCCUGCGACAUGGAGACGGGACAGUGUCCUUGCAAGCCUGGCGUCAUAGGGCGGCAGUGCAACCGCUGCGACAACCCCUUUGCUGAAGUGACUGUGAAGGGCUGUGAAGUAAUUUAUAAUGGCUGUCCCAAAGCUUUCGAGGCUGGUAUUUGGUGGCCACAGACCAAAUUUGGCCAGCCAGCUGCUGUGCCCUGUCCUAAGGGAUCAGUGGGAAAUGCAGUUCGCCAUUGUAACAUUGAGAAGGGCUGGCUACCUCCUGAUCUUUUCAACUGCACAACCAGCACUUUUGUGGAUCUAAAAGUCAUGAAUGAGAAGUUACACCACAACGAGACCAAGUUGGAUGGUGACAAAACCAUACGAAUCGUGAGAGUGCUGCAGAAUGCCACCAAAUACACACCCAGCUUGUAUGGCAAUGAUGUGAGGACAGCAUACCAGAUGAUGAUCCGGGUCCUCCGAUAUGAGAGCCAGCAGCAAGGGUUUGACCUGGCAGCCACAAGGGACGUGGAGUUCAAUGAAAAUAUUAUCAAAGUGGGUAGUGCUCUACUGGACCCCAGCAACAAGGAGCACUGGGAGCAAAUUCAGCGAACGGAGGGUGGCACUGCUCAUCUGCUCAGGCACUAUGAGGAAUAUUUCAACAACGUGGCCCAGAACAUGAAGAAAACCUACAUGAGACCUUUUGUCAUCGUUGCCCCUAACAUGAUUAUUGCUGUUGACAUCUUUGACAAGACUAAUUUUACGGGAGCUAGAAUACCACGAUUUCAUGAGAUUAAAGAAGAUUAUCCAAAAGAUCUGGAGUCGUCUGUUGUCUUCCCUGAUACUUUGUUCAGACCCUCAGACAGGAAAGCAGUGCCUACAAUGAAGCCUUCAAACCAAAAAAUGUCCUCUAAGGUGAACAGUGAUGCUCUAAGCCCUGAGAAUGCUUUUGCAAAGAGAAAGAAGCGACACCCAGAUGACUCCACACAUCAUACUGUUGCCAUGGUCAUUAUAUACCGAUCCCUGGGACACCUCCUGCCUGAAAACUACGAUCCUGACCGAAGAAGCUUGAGAUUGCCAAAUCGUCCUAUUAUUAACACACCUGUAGUGAGUACAGCCGUUCACAGUGACGGGGAGAUUCCUCCCAACCUGGUGGAAAAGCCCAUCAUCGUGGAGUACUCCAUGCUGGAAACAGAGGAGAGAACAAAGCCCGUCUGUGUCUUCUGGAAUCACUCCAUCACGAUUGGCGGGACAGGUGCCUGGUCCUCCAGAGGAUGUGAGCUGUUUUCCAGAAACCACAGCCACGUCGCUUGCCAGUGCAACCACAUAACCAGCUUUGCUGUCCUGAUGGACAUUUCGAAACGAGAGAAUGGAGAGGUGCUUCCUCUGAAGAUCGUCACUUACACAACCGUGUCCAUCUCUCUGGUGGCUUUGCUGAUCACCUUCAUACUGCUGGUCCUGAUCCGCACGCUACGUUCCAACUUGCACAGUAUCCACAAAAACCUGGUGGCUGCCCUUUUCUUCUCUGAGCUCGUCUUCCUUAUUGGAAUCAACCAGACUGAAAACCCGUUUGUGUGUACCGUGAUUGCCAUCCUCCUGCAUUAUUUCUACAUGAGCACCUUUGCAUGGAUGUUUGUGGAGCAGCUCCACAUCUACCGGAUGCUGACUGAAGUGAGGAACAUCAACUUCGGGCACAUGCGGUUCUACUACGUCGUUGGAUGGGGCAUUCCUGCCAUCAUAACAGGGCUUGCUGUAGGUCUGGAUCCACAAGGGUAUGGGAACCCUGAUUUCUGCUGGUUGUCUGUUCAUGACACCCUUAUCUGGAGUUUCGCUGGACCCAUUGUAAUUGUUGUAGUUAUAAAUACCGUCAUCUUUAUCCUGGCAAUGAAGGCAUCGUGCAGACGAAGGCAACGUUCAUUUGAAAAAACUGGAGUUGCGUCUGUGCUGCGGACGGCGUUCCUGCUCCUGCUGCUCGUCAGCGCCACGUGGCUGCUGGGGCUGAUGGCCGUGAACAGCGACGUCAUGACCUUCCACUAUCUCUUUGCCAUUUUCAGCUGCCUGCAGGGGCUGUUCAUUUUCUUCUUCCACUGUGUAUUUAACAAAGAAGUCAGGAAGCACUUGAAGAACACUUUAACUGGAAAGAAACCUCUUCCAGAUGAUUCCACUGCAACAAGAGCUACACUGCUAACUCGAUCUCUGAACUGUAACAACACAUACAUAGAAGAACCAAAUAUGUAUCGCACAACUCUUGGGGAAUCCACUGUCUCCCUAGAAAGCACCGUCAGGUCAGCCAAGAGCCACAAUAGCUACCUUGCUUAUAUUCUCAGGGAUGAGGCUGCUCAUAAGCUCAGUGGAUCCUCAAGUCAAGCAAGGGCUGGUCAGACUGAAGCAGAUUCCUCCAUUUUUCAUAGGAAUCCAUCAAAAUCCAAUGAGCAUGAUUCAGACUCUGACAGCGAACUGUCCCUCGAUGAACACAGCAGCUCUUACGCCUCCUCCCAUUCAUCGGACAGUGAGGAAGAGGGGCUUGAGCCGGAGAAAACGUGGAACACGUCCACUUCCAAAAAUAAUGAACGUGGCCCGCUCCACAGCACACCCAAAGUUGAUACCCUUCCCAAUCAUGUGAAACCCUAUUGGCCCACAGAGUGCGUCACAGCCAGCGACAGUGAGGACCCCGCUGGGAAACAGAAACUCAAAGUCGAGACCAAGGUCAACGUAGAGCUUCACAGGGAAAACCAGGUGAACCACAGCAACGAAGCACCGCAGGACAAGGAGAAUGAAGGGCAGCAAAAGGAGAACAGACCUCUGUCCCACCAAAAUAACCAGCAGCCGGAGCAGAGGAAAGGCAUCUUAAAAAAUAAAGUCACCUACCCUCCCCCGCUGGUGGAUAAGAAUAUGAAGAAUCGGCUGCGGGAAAAGCUGUCAGAUUACAAUCAGACCACGAUCUCAUCCAGGACUGCUUCCCUGGGGACAAAUGAUGGGGUCCACUCUCCCUCGGACUCAGGGGUGACAAUAAAAAAUGCUCGGAGGGAGCAGUCUCGAGACCAGCUCAACGGCAUGGCCAUGAGCCUCCACGUGGGAACAGGACAUGCUGACACCUCAGACUCAGAAGGCAGUAACGAAACUUCAAUUUGAACCAUCAGGAAACGGUGACCGCUGCUGCGCGGUUCUGGACUCCUCGCCGCGGGGUCGCCGCCCUCGGACGUCGUCGGAGCGGCUGCGUAGCGAGGACAAGGUGGGCGCUGAUCCCCGCACGGCUUCGCGCUGCGCAGGCUCCUGACCGCCCGCGGCCAGACACGGUGCCCGGCUGCGCCUGCCGUCAGGCUGCUCCGGGGUACGCGGCACAGACCCGUGCCGAAACGCAUGGA